AAGGAGAAUUAGAGGAAGAUGAAUUGGAGGAGGAUAAAUUAGAGGAGGAUAAAUUAGAGGAGGAUGAAUUGGAGGAGGAUGAAUUGGAGGAGAAUGAAUCAGAAAAUAGUGAAAAAAUAAAUUUUGAAUCAGAAGAGAAUUUUGAUAAUGUUGAAUUUAAUA